CAGAGAACAUCACCGACUUGGAGACCGGGCAUUGCGGAAAGGGGCUGUCGACUUAGCGGAGCGACGAUUUGCCUCUGCACUGAAGCUUGUCCAUGGCACGGGUUCUGCGCACUUGAACAAAGAGGCAGAGACUUUACAAAAGCUGGGAGAUGUCUACCUGGAGCGAGGAAAGGUGACAAAGGACGGGGAAGACUUUACCAAAAGUGCUGCUCUGUAUAACGCAUCUAUGGCAAGAACAGAAAACAGACAGUCCGCGAAAGAUUUAAUCUUCGCCAUUAAACGUACAGAGGAAUCUUUCUUACAACAUGUGAUAGGCGUCUCCUGUGUGGCAAGUCCGUAUGAACUGGACCUACGGCACAAGAGUGACCUAAAAGAAAUGCGAGACAAGGUAAAACAACAGCUUGGCUUUAUUGAUGAGCAGCAUGAUCCUUUUAAGUACGAAGAGGACGACCCUGAAGUUAGGAAAGCCGAAUCUGCUAGAGCUGUAGCCGUCAGAGCUCUCUUCCAGAAGACAGCUAAGGACAGAAGCACUUUUCUCGACAAUCUCGUCUCUGAAUGCAUUACUGUAAUGGGCCCACCACCAUGUAGGUAUGCAAUCAUAGGUUUGGGUUCACAGGCCACAGAGCUGGUUACUCUCUACUCAGACCUGGAGUUUGCGAUUCUGCUUGAAGAUGGGCGCGACUCCGAAGAAAACAAGAUGUACUUCCGUAUUCUCACUCACUUCUUGCACCUGAAAAUCAUCAAUCUCGGAGAGACCAUCCUUCCAGCCAUGGCAAUCAAAUCACUCAAUGACUUUUACUCCAAAGACCCUGAAGACAGUUAGUUCUACGACUCCAUAACGACGCGCGGACUCGCCUUUGACGGUGCGAUGCCCUGGGCGAGCCACACCCCUCUGGGUAGAAAGCAGACAGAAAACAAACCAGCGCUGGAACUUAUACAGACUCCCAGCCAGUUGGCGAAGUUCCAGGAGUCGGAUGCAGCCAUGUCUGAAGAAGACCACUUGUCAGAUGUUCUACGAAGCGUCUGUCACAUAACAGGAGACAAAACUCUCGUUGAACAGUACCGUGUCGAAGUGAUGGCAACCCUCAAAAGUAAUGCGCUGCAUGCCAACAUGGAAUUGGCAAACAGAGAAGAGUUCAGGAACCCAGAGUUAGUGUCCACGCUACUGAACGUUAAAAAGGAGAUCUAUCGCUUCUCCCGAUUGCUGUGCAGAACAUAGCUUUGCGCUGUGGGGUUGGAACGUCCAGCGUGUGGGCAAGCAUUGAAGAGCUGGAAGCUGGUGGGUACAUAAGCAACCAAAACGCACACCACAUUGCAGUGCUGGUUGCUAUCUCAGCGGAACUUAGACUGAGGACGUACAUGGCUAACGGAGGUCAGAAAGAAAACAUGUCUGCAUUGUUGCGUUUAAGUAGCAAAAAAGGUCAUAGUAAGAAAACAGUCCCUGAUCUAGAGAAGGUGUUUUAUCUUCCUAAUCAAAAGAUGCUAUACCGGUACUACUACUCCGCUCUGCCUCUUCGCAGAGCUUUGUCAGAGCUGCAAAAGGAAAACGCGUCGUUUUCACUGGCGUUCAGUCUGUUUGAAACGUCGGAAGGAACGAAAGGAGAAAUGAAGAUGAAGCUUUGUGAUUUCAUAUCAGCAAAGGCACUAUUUGAACGUGCGCUGGAGAGGAACCAGGCGAUCCAUGGUAACGGCAAAGGCCAUCCUGACAUUGCAGCGUGUUUUAGGAACCUUGGAUGGGUCUGUUAUAGCAUGGGUGAGUACGGUGAUGCAAGGGCCUUCCUCCAACAAGCACUGGACAUGUAUCACCGAAUACACGGGUCAACCCAUCCCGCUAUUGCUGCCUCCCUCAGAAGCCUGGGUGCUGUAGCUAGCUGCAUGGGAGAUUACAAACAAGCGGAAACGCUUUUCGAACAGGCACUGGAGACACUGAAGCUCCUGCAUGGCGAUAGUGCGGAUCAGGAGGAUAUUUCUUCAGUUCUUCACAACCUGGGAUCAACAUGGGCUGACAUGGGCAACAACAGGAAGGCAGUCAGCUUUUAUGAAAAGUGUCUGGAGAUUAGAAAAAGUCUACACGACUCGAAAACAGCACAUCCUGACGUAGCGUCUGUGCUCAACAGCCUUGGCGCUGCUUGGAACAACCUUGGCGACUACAAAAAGGCGAUUGACUUCUAUAGACAAGCUCUUAUCUUAAGGACGCUUACAUACGGAGGAGAAACGGUGCAUCCGGAUAUUGUAUCAUCAUUAGGCAACUUGGGUACAGCUUACCUUAACCUCAAGGAUCACUCGAAAGCAAUCGACUUGUUCGAGCAAGCUGUACAAAUGAACAAUCUGCUAUAUGGACAAGACCACGCACACCCAGAAACUGCCUCGUUAAUUGACAAUCUAGGCUCAGCCUGGAAUAGCAUUGGUGCUCACAGAAAAGCCCUUAAUAUCUUCGAAAGAGCCCUACAUAUGAAACGACGAGUGUAUGGAGAUUUUGCGGUACAUCCAGAGAUCGCGACGUCAUUAGCAAAUCUUGGUGAGGUCUGGAGUGAUCUUGAAGAUCACAGGAAAGCAUUAAAGAUGUAUUCUCAGGCAUUAGACAUGUAUAAAGCUGUAUAUGGACAGGACACUGCACAUCCCGGAAUCGCGAUUACGCUCAACCACUUUGGAGCCGCAUGGAGGUGUCUUGGUUUUCCCAGAAAAGCUAUUCAUUUUUACGAACAGGCUUUGCACAUGAGGGAGAGGGUCUAUGGUCAAAAUGCCGCGCACCCAGACAUUGCCACGUCACUCAACAAUCUUGGGGAAGCUUGGAGUCAGCUUGGCGAUCGCAGGAAAGCUCUCGCUUACAUUGAACAGGCUUUGGAUACAAGGAAACGUGUUUAUGGGUACGAUGUAGACCACCCUGACAUUGCCGCGACAUUCAACGACUUGGGGGUUGCUUGGAGCAUCUUUGGUGAUCCCAUGAAAGUCAUUGUCUUUUACGCACAAGCCUUGAACAUGAGGAAACGUCUAUAUGGACACGACAGGGAUCAUCCGGACAUUGCCAUGUCUCUCAGUAACUUGGGCACCGCGUGGAGUAUUCUAGGCCAGGUUAGGAAAGCACUUCCCUUCUACAAGGAUGCGCUAGACAUGACGAUACGUAUAUACGGAGAUACGGCGCAUUCGGAUAUUGCAGGAUCGCUGAAUAAUAUAGGUAUAGCUUGGGUUAACCUCGGUCAAUACAGGAAAGCAAUCAAAUUCUUUGAAAGGGCAAUUGCCAUGAAGAAGCGGCUCUACAAAAACCGCAACGCAUACCCGAAGAUUGCAGUAUCACUGAAUAACCUUGGUGAAGCCUGGAGUGCGCUAGGUCAUCACGGCAGGUCUCUUCUAAUACAUGAAAAUGCUUUACACAUGAGGAGAUGUACUUACGGACGUGAUACCCCCCACCCACAUACGGCUACGUCAUUGUACAACCUGGGAAAAUCAUGGAGUAACCUGGGUGAUCACAGAAAAGCCAUGAUGUUCCACGAGCAAGCACUGAAUAUGAGAAUUCGUAUAACUGGAAAUAAUGAGAGCGCUUCGGACCCAGACAUUGCUUCUUCGCUUGAAAGUAUGGGUGUUGUGUUGAGUGAUAUUGGUGACUACAGGAAAGCAAUAAGCUUCUAUGAGAGGGCUUUGAAAAUGAGGAACAAUGUGUACGGACACGAUGCAAUACACCCCGGGUUUGCUUCAUUAUACAACAACCUAGGAACAGCAUGGAGUCAGUUGGGACAUCAGAGGAAAGCAGUUGAUUUCCAUGAACUUGCCUUGGACAUCAGGAGACAAACAUAUGGCCAAGAGGGGGCUCACCCCGACAUCGCUUCCUCACUCAAUAACCUUGGUGCCGCUUGGUGCAAUCUGGGUGACUACAGGAAGGCAUUGAAGCUGUAUGAAGAGGCACUUGACAUCAGAAGACGGGCGUAUGGAACCAAGACAGCUCACCAAGACGUUAUUCGGUCACUCGCCAACUUGGGUGCGACGUGGAACUACUUGGGUCGUCCUAACAAAGCAAUCCUCUGCUACGAAGAGGCGUUGGACAUGAGCAGAGCCAUUUUUAAUGGCGGAUUGGCACACCAUCAAACAGCGUCUCUACUGCAGAAGCUUGGGACAUCGUGGGGACUUAUCGGUGAUCACAGCAAGGCAAUCAACUUCUUUGAAGAGUCUUUACAGAUGCAGAAACGUUUGCGUGGAAACCAUUCAGACCAUCCGGACGUUUGUCUGCUUCUGUCUAAUCUAGGGGCGUCUUUGGCAGCUCGGGGUGACUACAGAAAAGCAACUGGCGUUCUACAAGAGGCAUUGACGACGAUGCGCAAAGUCUAUGGACACAACGCGGCCCAUCCAGAUAUACUGAGGACGCUGAAGAACCUGAGUAUAGCAUGGAGAGACAUGGGCGAUCACGACAAGGCAGCUGCAAUAUCGCUACAGGCGGAGGAGAUGCAAACUCGACUAAAAUAAGAAGCAAAGUAUGG